CUAACGUCAAUGAUGCCUUAACGCACUCGCAUUUACUCUUCAUGUGAGUGAUAUUUUCAUAAAAAACUAUGAAUCUUUCUAUUGAAUGGGAAGUCAAAUUCUUCAUGGUUUUAAAGUAAUUAAGAUCUUAAUGGCAAUGUUAAUUUCUUUUUAAUGACUUUAUGUUGCAAUUGGUACUGCUUUAUACAAUCUGCGCCGUCUUCAAUGAAAUACAAAAUACUACAAUUUACAUAUAUUAAUAUGAAUAGCGAAUAUGAUUAUAUUGUCAGAGAUUUGAACACGUUGUGCUCAUAUCAGCUUUACUACCAUCUCUUUAUCUCUGAGUAUUUCAAAAUCUAGCUAGUUAUUAAACAACUCGCUAAUAACAUUUUAACAAACUAUAAUUUUUGAAGACCAACUUUCUUCAUUUUACAAAAACCUUAACAAUCUCUGAUCUAUAUACAUUAAUUAACUGAAUUGUUUGCAUACUCCCAUUGCCAACUUGUCGCAUGAAUAUUGCAAAAGUAUCUUUGUUUUGAAUUGCUUCAAAUGACGCGUUCAGCAAAUAUCAAAAUUUCUCUUUGAUGUUGGUAAAUGUAUGCAAUAUUAAGUUAUUGACGCUUUUUAUUCAACUUAUGUAACACGACACUGCGGAAUUUUAAUCUUGUCGAAUUAAUUUUGAUACUGAAAAAUUUUGCUCUCCUAUUAAAUGAACGAAGCAUUUCUGGUAUGUGUCAUAGCGUCGCGAUGUUUAUCUUACAUUUGCUUGGCGUAUAAAAACAACGAGUUGAGGUUUAUGGCGCCUUCUUAUUACAAGAUUUUUAAGUAAAAGAAAAGUCGUUUGCUUUCCUCAAAAAGGGAUUUACGAGAAAGGCCUUUGCGAAAGUACUUUGCUAGAAAGGAUCGUAAACGAAAUGAGCGUCGAUUUAUCAAAGCCAAGAUCGUCUGUAGAGCGUGCAUAUUCGUCUGCGUCGUCGACGACAAGCAGUCGGCGUUCAGGACGCAGAAAGAGACGUAGAAUGAAGCAUACAGUAAUGCCUUUGAAGAGAAGAUCUAAUAGAAAUGAAGUUGCCUGUGACGUACAUCGUGUCUCUAAUCUUGAUAUUGAGGAGAUGGAACAAUCUGCAUGUUUCUGGGUUGCAAAGAAUAUCGAUGAUCCUUCUGAACGCAGUUUUAAAGAAGAUGUAUUUAUUAAUAAGGAUCAAGAUUCCUCAGCUGAUGACGAAUUGUCAUGUGCUGAAGAUUUCUCAACAUUUGAUGAGUCUAUUGAUCUCAUGUCUGAAGAAGCACGUGACCAAUCAGAGUAUAUUAAUGAAUACGUUGAGAAAGAAAAUGAUGCAAAUUAUGCAAAUGAAAAAAGGGAAAAGUUUGUUUAUAAGAAUGAAGAUAAUGAUGCAAAUUAUUCAGAGGAGAAAAUGUUUUACGGUGUGCGCAAAGGAAAAGUCAACCAGACUGAUGAUUUACAGCGCGUAACACCAGUACCAUUACCAAGAAAGAAGUUACGAAUGAGUGACUGCUCUGAUGAUGGUCAGAGUGGCUUUAGUAGCGAGGGGACUGGAAUGCAUGUCGGCUGGACCUCUGAUGUUGUUUCAUCAGGGGCAGAAUACAACGAAAGUGAUGGUGAAGGAGAACGCAAGAGGUCUGGUUUGAACAGCAAGGAAUUUUAUGGAUACCGCAAAGAUAAUAGUGGAUUGGCAGAAUUUCCAACAAGAAAAAUUCGGCAACAACAUGUAGAUGAAGAUACCGAUCUUGUUGUCAUAGCAAAAGAUGUUACAAUAACGGAAUCAAAGCAUGUCUCCGACAGCAAUCAUCCUAAAGAUAUUGGAAUUGAUUUUCAGCAGACAGAUAAUAUUGACGAAAACAGCAAUUACCCUCCAAUAGAUGAUAAAGAUGAAUUUAAACGUCGACAUGAAAAUUCUCGCUACGAUCUUCAACCGUAUUUAUCAAGUGAGAAAAACAAAGCUUCCUCUGAUACAGAGCUCGUCAAUUUUCAAAGUUUUGAUGAGGUAGAACGCUGGAGUGACAAGUCCCUCCCGUUGGGCGGGCACAAAACUAAAACCCAGUAUUACUCUGUUGAAGAUCUCAUCAAAGCAAGCACGGAAGAAGAUUUAAAAGAAGCCGGGAUGGAGGGCGAAGGCCCAGAAAUUCCUCGUAUUGGAGCGUACGAGAACUACCAACCUCCACGUGACACGCGUAAAAUUGAUGGGGAAAACGACGUGCCGACAUUUGAAAAUGAGCAGCCAGAAAUAAUUCCUAAUGCAUUGAACACACAAGUGACGGAAAACAGAAACCUUCAAGAAAAUGAAAGCAAAGUUAUUCCUGCUGACGCAUAUCCAGUAAAGUACAUAGAAAAGGAGCAGCAUGAUUCCAAUGCAUAUUUAUAUGAAGAAAGCAAGAUAUUUUUUGGCUAUAGACGGAAAGAAGAAGUAAACGAAGCCGACAAUCAAGUCACUGAAGAAACGAGCGUCCAAAACCACCAAGAUAAUGUCAACAGUUAUCCAUCGAAAGAUAGUUAUACGUCUUCAGAGUAUGAUCUCCAUGGUCCUACAGGAGACGAACAAUUAAGAAAUGAAGAAAAAAACAAUCCGAAAUCCUUUCCCGAUGACGAUUCUAAAUAUGAAAAAAAUAAAGGCUUCUACAAAGGCAAGCAAGAGGGCUCUCAUAGAAGAGAUCAAUCGGACGGUGUGUACCAGCAUAAAGAUCAGACUACAAGGGAUGAUUCAAAGAUUUGGCAUGAAACAAAAGAAUUUUAUGGAUUUCGAAAAACAGCAAGCGUAGAAAGUCUGUCGCACGUUGACAACCAAGGUCAGACGCAAAAAUGGGAACAAAAUCAGGAGUUUUAUGGUUUCAAACAAUCGAAGACUGGGGAAGAGUUUGCCAGUCCACAAUACAAAACUCAAGGGAGUGGAGAUGAUCCAACAAACAUUUUUACGGAGAGCCGAGAAUUUUAUGGUUUUCGUCGUUUUGGAUCGAGUGAAAAUGUUUCCAAACGAGGAGGUGAAGGCCAACAUUGGGAGGAGAGUCGAGAAUUCUUUGGUUUCCGAAGGGAAAAAAUUGUUGAUGAUCAAACGCACUUUGCUGCUAGCGAACAACUUAAGAAACCGCAGUCUUUUCAUCAGAAAGUAGAUACGAAACCACUGUAUCUUGAGGAAGCAAAAAAUGGCUCCUCUGACAGAAAAAGACAACAUGAAAAUAACCGUGCUUACGAUGAAAGAGUCAAAGAAAAUCAACCCAACGAUACGAAAUCACAUGAACAACAAUCAUAUGGUCCAAACGAAAAACAACCUCGUCAGGAGCCUGUAAUGAAGUCUACGGAGCAAGAGAAUUUGAUGCUUGUAGAUGAUUCACGAGAUCUAGAAGAAAGUUUGGAGUUUCCUCAUUAUACAAGACCCGAAGAUCUUCCUCGCUCUUCUGCAUAUGAGCAAUACGAGAGACCAGUUACGCCUUUGCAAGAAGAACCAAUGCCUGAUCCUGUGCAUGACGAAGGCCAGGACGAUAAGGAAGAAACAGUUAUAGAUGUACCGACAGAAACUUUAUUGACGGAAAGCUUACCCACUCAACAAUCACGUGAUACCAUUCAACGAGAAGUGAGUAAAACCGAAGAAGAAACACCAAAUUCUGAGAGCUCAGACGUUGGACUCAAAAUGUUUCGUCAACGGUCAUUACAAAGAAAUGACAAAAAAUCACGAUUUUCUGAAGAGAUAGGCAAGCGUGCUGAUAAAACAGGUAAGACUGAGCCAAUCGCAGCAAGGGCGAACAAACUCAAAGAAACGACGAGAAAAAGUGACUCAAUCACUAAAAGAUCGGCUAUUGAGAAGAAAAAUGUUGAGGAAUUGGUGAGCGUGUUUAACACACUUGAAAAUGUUCAGAAAACAACAGAAAACAGCAAGACUGUUGACACGAAGACGUCAAACUACCUUGGUAAAAAUGACAACAAUCCAUCUUCUAGAACUUCCAUCUUUAAAAAACGAAAUGACGACAUCUUAGACUCUGUGGACAAAAAUAUUCAAGAUGAAGAAACACAAAAAACGUUCGAGUCUGUUCGAGAGCCUGAAACCACCCAUGAUGAUCAAGAUAAACAAGAAGAUGUUGUUGUCAAACGAGAAGAAAUACCAGUAGAAGCAUUUGCUCAUGAAAAAUCAAAACAAUUCCCUAAGUACAAGAAGUUAAUUCCGUACAGGAAGCCUAGAGGUUACGAUUCAAGACGAAGUCGUGACGAUGAUGACGAAGUUUACCGAGCUGAAAUUCGAAAAUCCCGCGAGGAUUCAUGGAAUCAAAGGCGAAUGUCAAGUAAAAAGAAUUCUGGUUCAAAGUCAGACGGUGAAAUUGAGGGAUUCAAGACUACAUUUAGGAAAAGGGUGAUUACACCUGGUACACCAGUCAAUAUCAGGUUGUAUGGUUUGAACUUGCAAAAAACUGACCAAAAGAAAGUUUUCGACGUGGACUGGGACUUAGUUGAUAAUACUCAAAUUAUGGUGAAUGAGAAUGUCGAACAAACACUCCUUGAGAAAGAGUCUGUUGAUAUGGAGGAGAUUUCUGAUGAAAGAGUUCCGGUAAACGAAAUGAUGAAUCCAACAAAAGUUAGCAAAAGUACAUUCUAUUUGGAGCAAAUACCUGGAAAUGAAUCCGUUAUUAAUGAUCCUUAUGUUGAAAAGCAUAGCUUUGUAAUUCCAGGCACGGAUGGUGAUUUAUCUUAUACACUACCUGAGCAACAGAAACCGAUAUAUCUUAGUGAGCAACAGUUGCCAAUGAAACGUGAAAAGUUACCUACAGAAGACAACCGCAGUGAUAUUGAGAUACCAAUAAAGAAGUUACAUGAGACAGAACUUCUCAAAAAGCAAGAUUCUCUGAAUGUAGACAUUGAAUAUGAUGGCCAGGAAAAAGACGAAAGUGAAAUUCCUAGAGAUAAUGUCUUUUACGAGAAAAGUUCUCUUCGUUCAAGUACGCCACGUUAUAAGAAACAACCUUCCAUGAGGAAUGAAGAUUUUAUAAACGGCGACAAAAACUAUUCAACUCACGAAGAGUCCUCUGAGAGAUACGAGUCGACGUCACAUGACACCUCGGAUGGUGUGGACACAACAAUUCAUACAACACGAACAACGAAGACAACACGAACUGAAACAACUGAAACGACAGUAAAGACUAUAAGGAAAUCUGGAGGGAGUCAGUCUAGACCAUCAAUGGAAAGUGAUGAGACUUCUGUUGAAAUAGAGACGUUUGAUGCAACUAAUGCUAAAGAUGAGACAGAUUCUCGUGCUGUUAAUGAUCAAUCUACCAAAGGAAGGUCUGUUGAAAGUGAACUUGAUUAUGAUAAAAACAAGUGUGAUGAACCGCAUGAAGUUUCAACUGACUUUACAAUAAUGGAGAAUGGAACAAGUGAACCAGUCAAUGUUACUAGGCUUGGUCGUAUAGAUAACAAUGAAGAUAUCCAAGUUUUGCAAAGUCGAGAAGAUCAUUUUCUUCACACUAGAUUGAAAAUGAUUUCUGAAAAUAAGCAAGCAAAUGACAAAAAAAGAGCCAAAAACGAUAAAUUGCUGGAACCAAUCACCAUUUACCCAGAUGAUGUUGACGGCAAUAAUCGUGUCACAGAACAAUUGCUCAUUCCAAUUUCUGGCAACAAACUAAAUGAAAAUUUUGAAAGAGAGCAUACACCUGACAUUGAAUUUUUGCAGGUUGACGAAAGCACACUACAGACUCGGAUAAACGAAAGUGUCCACAAGUCUGAAAAGCCACUGCAUUCGUGUGUCCGGCGAGUUUCACUUACGGAUUUAUUUGAACGUCCAAAACCACACGAGCCAAAACUGGAGAAAGAAGAUAGACUUUCAAAAUUGAUGCCGGAUUUUCAGGCAGUCGAGGACAUUAAAACCCCCAUCUUUGAAAAUGUCAAUUCAUCAGAAAAGCCAGAUGUUGGAAUAGAAUUUUGGGAGCCUAAUACAAACCGAGAAAUAGAAAGAAUCGAAUUUCAUCCUGAUGAAGACGAGUCUCUUGAAACACCACCAAGCGAAGAUAUUGUUGUUUCUUUAGACAAAACAUUGAUCGACGAGCAAGUAUUUAAAGAACGCACAAAUGUUGCAACAUUACCAAACUUCGAACUUCAACCAGUAAAUGAAAGUAUUGUUCCUGAAGUUAGAGAUGACUCUUUCGAGAUUCCUAAAGUGCUGAAUGAGAAAACUGUUGAACCUGUCGAAGAGAUUGUCCUCGCUUCAAUCCAUACUUCUAAAGAUGUGUCUAUACCCGACCUCAAAGAAAUGCGUCCACUACCUACCCCUUCUAUUGUUCAGGAAAAUAUCACCUCUGAGGCAAAAGAAUUUAAUUUUGAAAUUCCAGAUUUUCCAGAUGAAAUGCUGGUUGAGCCUGUUAAAGAGAAUGUUGUUGCCACAGGCCUCUUGAAAAAUAAAACAUACGUUCCAGAUUUUGAGGAGUUUAUCACAGUCUUAGAACCAGUGAAACCUGUUGACGAAAGUGUGACCUUUGAAAGACGUGAAAGUGGACUGAAUAUUCCAGAAAUUCAAACUCCUGAACCGGAACAACGACCUUCACAACCAGUCACCGAGGAGCUAACCAAAAAUGACGUAUCAAUUCCAAGUUUUUCGUGUGAAUUUGAAGAAACUUCUGUGGAGUUUCCUAACGUUGUUAUGGAACAAGAUAAAAGCUUUGAAAGUGAUCUUGAGGUUGAGCCACCUGAAGAUUUGAGCUCGGUCAGCUGUGCGUCAGAUGACAUUGGCAAAUCGAACGAUGAUUUUGAAGAGGAUGAUAAUAACGUACCCGUUGAUAAUGAUAAAUCACUAUACGAGAAACUUCCACCGGAGGAAAAACCCAAAGACCAUUUACCGUACAAAGACGAUGAAUUCGAAAUAGAAACAUGGUCAGAAACGAAAAAAACAAUCAAAGAGACACACAGUACGGAGACGGUAAAAAUUGAGAAAACAUUCACCAAACAUGGGUCCAAAACAUCACCUACAAAAAAUUCCUUUUCAUCCAAUAAAGAAUCAUCUUUAUCUAACGCAGCUCAUAUUCCCACUUUAAGUCAGCCCAAAAAUUCAGGAGACAGCUCUUCUGAACCGAGUGAUCGUCCAGUUAAUGUCACAUCUGAAGUACUAGUAAAAAGACGUCGCAGCAGACGAGGAAAUAGAUUUGAUGAUAUAAAGAAAUCCGGAGCUCUUGUACCUGAAACUGUAGUUCAAGAUGAAUCUCCGAGUGUUAAAAAUGCUAAACCCUUUGAACCCAUCACAGUGUCAAAACAAAAACCUUUAUCAACUGAACCAAUCUUUAUUCCUAAGGGAAAAUCGCCUCAACUUAGACCAGAAAUGUACUUGUUAGGUAGCGACGACGAUGAUUCCCGACAAGAUGUUAAGAAACUUGUAGAUUCCUCUUCACCUGAUGAGAAAGAAGAAAUGUCAAAAAAUUCCCCGACGGAUGAAGAUGAAUCUCUAGCAAAGGAGGAAAUUUCCCUCGAACUUUAUGAUGAGUUACUAGACAACGAAUUUAAAGGUUUGACCGAGCAGAAUGAAGAGAUUGGGUCUAGUAAUGAGAUUGAAGUGCCUGAAAUGAUUUUUGAAAAAGACUUGAAGAUCACAACUUCUGAAGAACCGUAUGAAGUGAAAAAAAUGAAGACAAAUCUCCAUCGAUCAGUGAAGAUAUUGCAAAAUCUUCAGUUGAAGUCAAACCUUUGCUUUUGAUUGAUAUUAACGAUACAUUAAAAAGAGUAAAUGAGGAUGAUGGAGAAUGGAAAGAAGAUGUUCUUGACAAGACCAAAAUACCUUUGGUUACUUCUAUCGACCUGAAGGAUGUUUUUAUUAUAAAUGAAGGCACACAUGAAAAGUCAGAAGGCAAUAUGCCCGAUUUUGAGGUUUUAAGUGAUAACGAAGUGAAAGAAAGUGAUCCUAAGAAUGAAAGAGAAGCUAUCAUUGACGAAAAUGAUGAUGACGUCACUGCAAUGGAUAAUGAAGUCAUAAGGAAGAAUGGUGGUUCUCCUGACGGAGUGUCGACAAUAGAAACGAAAACCACGGUUGAAACUGUUGAAGUCGAGAAAAAACAAUCUGACUCCACUGUCAUUGAAGUAGUUGCCACAAAGCACCCCAUAUUUCAACAAGAUACUCAGAAGGACCCUAAUGCAUCUUCCAUUGAAGAUGAGCAAGAUUAUGUGAUAAUUCCCACUGACAUUGUUCAACCUAAUGAAGCGAUCGAACCAACAAAAUUGAGACUAUUGAGGCAGCUCUAGAAGAUCAAUCUGUUGAUCUUGAAGAUACUAGCGCAUAUUCCCCAUCUUUUGACAAGACUCAGUCAUUAUAUUCUGUCGACGAAACAACUGCAUUUCUCGUUGUUACGAAAGAAACAAAACCACAACAUUACCCUGAUUCUGAAAGAGAAUCGUCAAGUUCUGAUUUUUUGACAUCAGAUACAGAUGAUGAUGUGAGAAAGAAAAAACAGAGCGUGUUGACCAACGUUGUGUUAGAUGAUAGACAAGAUCUUACAGAAACUGUAGUCGGUAUUUUGGACAUAAAUUACGACAAAUCUGAUGGAAAAGAACUGAGACUUGAUAAAGAGAUUAAUACUGUAAGUUCCCCUGCUUUAGAGAAGGGGAAAUAUGAAUUGGAUGAGGAAAAAUCAGACUCUGAAAUGACACUUGAUGGUGAUUCCACUACAUCUUCUAAUAAGGAGUCAACGACUGAUGAGGAAGAGCAACCUUCUAAGAUUCCUGAGUCUACGAUCGAGACAAUCAUUGUUGAAAAAACACAUUCUCAAGUAUCUACUAGCAUGACAGAAAUAACGACCAAAAACAUCCCUGUUUAUCCUAUCAAUGCCCCCUUAAAACUUGACGAUUCGAAUGAUGAGAAGGAAAUUCCGAUUGCUGAAAACAUCCCUAGAAUGGAAAGCCUACUUACGUACGGUGAGUAUCCAACGAGUGAUGAUCACCCUACUGACGACAACACCCUGUACCACGAUAAUGGAAAUAAAAUUUUGAUGAAUCAGAGGGUUGAAAUGCGAGAGGUUGAUUUGCAAACUGAAACCACCAAGGUCUUUGAUAAAAUAUCGCAAACAGAGUUGACAAGAUUGACUCAAGAUGCAAGCACUAUGAUCACAGAAAGCAAAUUACCAAUCAAUAAUAACGUGGUGAUGAAAACUUCAGUUGGAAAAGUAGACCAAACGACUUAUGAAGAUGAAACAAAAACGUCCACAACAUCAUCAGAGGUUUUACGAAAAUCAUCAGAGAGAGUGCCAGGAAAAACUUCAGAAAAGAAAAUUCAAACGGAUGCUUUCAUCGAAAACACAUUGCCACUUAUUCCAGCAGCAAAUCAAGGAACACAAACAGAAGAUCACACAGACCAUGGUGAAUGCGAAGAGAUAACACGAAUUACGAAAACCACAACGACCGAAACAUGGCAUGAGAACUGCGAAACUACGACACACAAACGGCAAAUUCCGAGGAAUGAUUUGAAAACUGUCUGUCCUGUGUGUCUACAGAGUUUAGAGCGAACCAACUACAGUUUUAUAAAGGUGAAAAAUCCCUCACGUUUUGUGCCAAUGGAGGAGAAAUUUACACAAACCCACCCGGAAGACACUGAUACGAGUACUAGCGAAAACUUUGAGAUUUACUACGAUGAAAAGAAAUCACCUUGGUUUGUAUGACAAUGCUGUGCGUGCCAGAGACGUAAUUUUCAUCAAAGGAUAUGCCACCAUUGAAAGGUUGAUGCCAAUGGCAAACUAAUGAUGAACUAUUUUGUUGGAAUGUAUUUUGGUGAUCACUGUGAUAUUUUAGAAAAUAUUUGAUGUAACUAUUCCUUAUGUAGAAUUAUUUUAUUAUGUUAAUUUUUGAUAAUUUAUCUGUUAGUAUUUUAACAUAAUAAUCAAUAUUAUGCUGUUAUUAAUAUUAUGAAUGAGAGACAGGUGGAGUAUAGUCAACGUUAUAUAGCUAUGACUGUGGUGCAGUUUGUUUGUUUUAAUCAUAUAUUAUAUGGCUUUUUUAUUAUA